CACACUAUGUACAGACAGACACUCUCUCUCUCCUGCGAAGAAAAAGGUCUCGACUUGUCUCUCCGAAGAUACUUUUUUUUUUUCUUCGAGGGUUUUUGAGGGGUUUGAAGAGACGCAUAUAGAUACAGCUGUAGAUACAGUGCGGAAGACAUGCGAGGACCUUUGGGAGCUGUGAUAGGGAGAUACCCUUCCAGUGAUGGUACUGCCCCAGACGAUGGAAUCAUCAAGCACAACCGGAAGUGCAGAGAUAUUGCAUUUCUUGUGGUUUUCAUCGCGUUUUGGAUUUCUAUGAUUGUGAAUUCCAGCUUCGGUUUCAACAAAGGAAACCCGUUAAGGCUCACAUAUGGAUUGGACUAUGAAGGGCAUGUGUGCGGUAGCAAGCAUCCGCAUCGUGAUCUUACUCAGCUCGAGCUUAGAUACUGGUUGAACCCGAACCAAGUUUACGAAAGCGGUUUGAAAGACGGGCAAUUCAAGCUGGAUAAUGCUCGGAGUAUAUGCCUGUUAGAUUGUCCUAUACCCUAUGAUGAUACGCUCAACUGGGUCUGUGACUAUCCAGACGGCGAGAUUCGUCUCAGUAUGAAUGAUUGGAUCGAUAGGAAUUACGAUUACUUUGAAUUCCUCACCCCGGAAAUGAGGAAUUCCUCUCUUCAGCUUCAAGGCCCUUGUUACCCUGUCAUAUUCCCGAGCGUGAACGUGUAUUGGAGCUGUCAGUUUAUAGCUCGGGCUUCAAACACGUCUUUACGCCACUGGAACCAGAUGGGCGGUGUGCAAAUUCAAGAGGACAUGCUAAUAGACAAAGCGAUUCAUAGGUCGAUAAAUUCUCGGUCCUCAGUUCUGAAGCGUUAUAUUGCUGAUAUCGGGAAAUCAUGGCCGGUUUUGAUAGUUUGCGGAGGCCUCGUCCCGCUCUUCAUAUCGGUUAUAUGGCUUCUGCUGAUUCGUCAUUUCGUUGCAGCCAUGCCUUGGAUAACUGUUGCCUUAUUCAACAUUCUCCUAAUCUCGGUGACAAUAUUCUAUUACUUGAAAGCUGGAUGGAUCGGGAACAAUGCUGUAACACCCAUUAUUGGCGAGCAUGAUCCUUACUAUCAUGUAUAUGGUCGAGAGCUUACUCAUGUCCGUGCAAUGGCUGUUCUGAUGACAUUUAUCUCAGUUGUCGCUCUCCUCACUUCACUCGCCAUUAUCCGACGCAUCCUCUUGGCAACAUCUGUUCUCAAGGUAGCAGCCAAAGUCAUUGGGGAGGUUCGAGCGCUCGUAAUAUUUCCCGUCAUACCGUACGCAGUCCUUGCGGUGUUUUACAUGCUGUGGAUAUCGGCGGCUCUUCAUCUGUUCAGUUCGGGAGAGGUUGUUCAGAACAACUGCAGUUCUAACUGCUGCGUGUACGAACUCGGGGCGAAAAGAGUGAACUGUGAUCGUUGUUGCGGAUAUAGCAUCCGUUACACCCCUCAUAUCGCGGUUUCCAUAUUCUUCCACAUAUUCGGUUGCUACUGGGUGACUCAGUUCUUCAUUGCAGCCUCUGCUACCGUUAUAGCCGGUUCCGUUGCCUCUUAUUACUGGGCUCGGGGCGAUGUAUCGCCGGAUAUUCCAUUUCUUCCUGUGUUUGCUUCUAUGAAGCGGUUUUUGCGCUACAGUGUAGGAUCGGUGGCUCUUGGUUCACUCAUUGUCUCGUUCGUGGAGUCGGUCAGGUUCAUUCUUGAAGCGAUUCGCCGCAAGCUGAAAGUAGCAGGUACCCCUCCCGACAACUGGUUUGGGAGAAUGGCUUAUUACGCUUGCCGUGGUUGCCUGAAAAGCAUCGAGUGGACUAUCAAGUCAGUUAACCGAAACGCAUACAUAAUGAUUGCUAUAACUGGGAAAAGCUUCUGUAAAUCUUCUGCAAUGGCUACAGAGCUCAUCAUCAACAAUGUUCUGAGGAUAGGGAAGGUGAAUGUGAUCGGAGAUGUGAUAUUGUUUCUCGGGAAGCUUUGCGUGAGCCUCUUCAGCGCCCUCUUCGGUUUCCUCAUGCUGGAUUCUCACAAGUACCGAUCCUCUCACAACAAAGUCUCGUCGCCGUUAUUCCCCGUCUUGGUAAUGUCCAGACAUCAUUUGGUUAGCGAAUGCCUGUUUAGUCUUGAGCUUGAUCCGGGGUUUCUCAUCUUGCAAACAGGUGUGUUGGGUGUUGGGGUAUGUGGUGGCGACGCUAUUCUUCGCGGUGGUCGAGAUGUCGAUAGAGACAAUCAUUCUUUCCUUCUGUCAGGACUCGGAGGAGCACCAAGGGACUGCUCAGUACGCUCCGCCUCUUCUGCUCGAGACCCUAGACCACAAUGAUCAGACAGAUGUUCAGAGACUUACCCAAUGACCGACCAAACAAUCCUUUUUGUUCUUGGCCAUAUACAUAUAUAUUGGAAUGGAAUGGGGUCUCAAACAUUCAAAGUAAUGUUGUAACAUUGAUGAUGGCUUGAAUCUUCGGGUCUCUUUGAUAAAAAAGAAUGUAUCACGCAAAAAUGUGUUGGGUUAUGUCUCUUUCUCAGAUAAGAGAGGGUUUGCAAAAAAGGAAUUGAAUGUUCAGAUGGACAGAUUUGAGGCUAAAAGGGUUUGCAUGGA